CCGCGAGCCACAAGAUAUUGCUGCGAUCGUGAGAACACACCUAUAAACCGCAUUAUGUUUUAACAAAUUAAUCGCAAGGUAGCAUCCAGAAAAAGACUAAUUGGGAUAUCUGCCUAAUCUAUAUAAAUGUUUUGUUAAUAGCCAGAGCAUAUAGUUGGCAAGUGAAAUUUGCAAUUAAAUCAACUUCGAUAUGAGCUUGGAAAUGCACGUCAGUCACAUCUUUACUGCGACCUUGGGGGCAUGUACAAAUAUGUAGAACAUCGCUAAACGCUUCUCCAAUCCUCGUUGCCAUUUGUAAUGUAUCCCAAGGUGGAUCUUGGAUGCUGCUGCAGUGCUGCUUUGAAACCAGGCUGUCCCUGGCUGAAUGUACUUGGCAAUAGUUCUGCGAAGAAGAGUGCACCCGACGAGUAAAUCAUCCGUCGUGCGUGCAGCAUCUGGAGAUGACAACGAAGAGAAAACUUAUUGGCCGCCUGGUGCCCUGCCGAUGUUUUCGGGGUGAAGAAGAAGUCAUCUCAGUACUGGAUUAUUCCCAUUGCAGCCUUCAACAUGUACCAAAGGAGAUAUUCAAUUUUGAACGAUCUUUGGAGGAACUUUACUUGGAUGCAAAUCAGAUAGAAGAGCUCCCAAAACAAUUGUUCAACUGCCAAGCACUCCGCAAACUAAGUAUUCCAGACAAUGAUCUUUCUAAUCUGCCCACCAACAUUGCCAGCUUGGUGAACCUACGAGAAUUAGACAUCAGCAAAAAUGGUGUCCAAGAUUUUCCAGAAACCAUUAAAUGCUGUAAAUACUUAGCGGUCAUUGAAGCCAGUGUUAAUCCCAUUUCCAAACUUCCAGAUGGAUUCACCCAACUGUUGAAUUUAAUGCAGCUCUACUUAAAUGAUGCAUUUCUGGAAUUUCUUCCAGCUAAUUUUGGAAGACUUACCAAGUUGCGCAUUCUGGAGCUAAGAGAAAAUCAUCUGAAAACUCUACCAAAGUCAAUGCACAGACUGACACAAAUAGAUCGAUUGGACCUAGGGAGUAAUGAAUUUAUGGAACUGCCGGAUGUUCUGGAACAACUACAAAGUCUGAAGGAGCUGUGGAUGGACAACAACUCAAUACACUCAUUACCUGGGCCACUUGCGAAGUUAAAACGUCUAACCUACUUGGAUAUGUCGAAGAACAGAAUAGAAGCUAUUGAGUCAGAUAUUUCUGGAUGUGAAGGCCUUGAGGACCUCCUGCUUUCAUCCAAUAUGUUGCAGCAGCUGCCUGACUCCAUAGGAUUAUUGAAAAAACUAACAACAUUGAAAUUGGAUGACAAUCAGCUAAACAUUUUGCCUAACACAAUUGGAGGUCUUUCUGUCUUGGAGGAGUUUGACUGUAGUUGUAACGAACUCGAAUCACUUCCUCACACGAUUGGAUACUUGCACAGCCUCCGAACCUUCGCAGUUGAUGAAAACUUCCUUGUAGAGUUGCCCAGAGAGAUUGGAAGUUGUAAAAAUGUGACAGUCAUGUCGUUACGGACAAACAAACUGGAGCGGUUGCCUGAAGAGAUUGGACAGAUGCAAAAACUGAAAGUGUUAAAUUUAAGCGAUAACAGGUUGAAGAAUUUGCCAUUCAGUUUUACUAAACUUAAAGAACUGGCAGCAUUGUGGCUAUCUGAUAACCAGUCCAAGGCUCUAAUCCCUCUGCAAACAGAGUCUCAUCCAGAAACAAAGCAGAGAGUGUUGACAAACUAUAUGUUUCCUCAGCAGCCACGUAACGAUGAAGUAGAUUUCCCUUCUGACAGUGAUAGCUUCAACCCAACCUUGUGGGAAGAACAAAGACAACAACGUAUGCAGGUUGCUUUUGAGUUUGAAGAGAAGAAGGACGAAGAGGAUGCUUCUGGCAACAUCAAGGCUGAAAUAAACCUUAAACGCUAUCCUACCCCUUACCCAGAAGAUCUGAAAAAUAUGGUGAAAUCUGUUCAGCACUUGGUAGGAAAACGCAAUCAUGAAGGGUCGACUGAAAAUUCAACAGGUGUCACAAGUAUAGAACAUUCUAUAAAAGAAAAAUAUGAACAUAAAUGGCCUGGAUCAACAAAGGAAGCUACACUUGAGAGAUCCUUAGGCGACUCACCAAAUGAUCUGAGAAUGGGAGAACUGCGACCUGCACUUACAGAAACUCCACUAUUCAAGCCCAAAGUUGUCCUGAUAGGUAAAGAGAAGAAAGAAUCAACAGAUGAAUCAGAAGGUGACAGAAUCAACAAUAGUGGUUCUUCAGGCUCCUACUCAGAUUACUCACCUUCCCAAGCAUCUUCAGGUUCUUCUGCAGCACCCAUUAAAGUCAACACAUUGCAGACAGCAGUGAAAGAUGGUGUAGCUGCAUCCUCUUGGGGAAACAGCAGGUUAACACAGACAUUUCAACAAAACAUUGAAGCAAAACCUUUACUCGGUCAGAGGGAAAUGGCAUCAACAGCAAGUCUACAACAACGUGCUGAAAGGCGCCCGGUUAAUGACGCAUUUUCUGAUAAGUGGAAUGACAACUCACAUUAUGAUAAUACUGGUUUUGUCUCAGAAGAAAGCACUUCAAUUUUAGAAAAUCCUAGUGCCAACCCUUUAAUAAGCACAAUAUCAAGGAGCACAUCCGCCCAGGGGCGUAGGCCGUUAAUGAGACAGGACAGAAUUAUUGGCGUUCCAUUGGAUUUGGAACAUGGCAUGCACAGUGUCAGAAAUACACAAGAAAAUGAAACUGCCACUCCCUGGCAAAACUGGACUAGAACACCAAGUCCAUUUGAGGAUAGAACUGCAUUUCCAUCAAAGUUGGAGACCACUCCUUUCAGCAGUCCUAUUCCUGAUAGAAAAGAUUUGGAACAUUCUACACGUGGAAUUACUGAAUUUUCCCGCACAUUUUCAUCGGGUUCUCCAUGGAGUUUUCUCAAUUCUAGAGAAUCUAAUUUAAGUAGAGGCCAUAUGGACAAAUUCACACAUACUUGCAGACCUGAGUCUGCCAAGAGUGCUAUUGUUAUCAGUAAAAGUACUGAACGACUUGCACCAAUGAUGAGAUCGGUUAAAGCAGGCCAGUUUACGAAAUCCCAAAGCAUUGAUGAAAUUGACAUUGGGGCCUUCAAGAUUUACAAUAUACCACUGGACUGUUAUGGUUCCAGCGCAGAAAAUCCCUGUAGCAUUGAUAUACCAGACCAAAUGCCAGCCCACGAACUAGGCAUGUCACGCAGCCUUUCUGCUCCAAUGUUGGAUGAAGAUUUAUCAGAAACAUAUGGAAGCAUAAAGAUCUCUCAUAAAGUUCCAACCUCAAAGAAAGUGUAUCAUUUUGACCAAAGUUUCAAUCCUCAAGGUGCCGUAAAUCUUAAACCUGAGAGACGAGUAACCACUUCUUUUACACAUAAUGUUGACUAUGGUGUCCAGCAAAACAAGAAUGUUUCAAAAGAUAUCAUUAAUCCACGCUCCUUCAGAGGCUACGAACCCAUGGAACACAUGUAUUCAUUCUCACAGCCCUCAGUAAAUGAUGAACCAGUAAAUCCUCAGUUUGCAACUCAAGGCGAUAGAGUUGGAUUCUUAAGAAGGGGUGACUCCCUGGCAACCUCCACAGAAAUGGCAUUGCAUCGAAGGGUUAAUGAAGCUCCUGAGAUACCUCAAAGUGACAGAUAUGUCAGGACUCAUUACAGAGGAGUUUUAGAACAUCAGAACAGCGCAUCAUUAGUUGAGUCACAAUAUCUCAAAAGGAAUGGAAGAUAUGAUGAAGAUUAUUCAACAUUCCAAGACUUGAAAAAUCAGGGUAGAACUUUUCAAGAUAAACCUUUGACUCAGAGGAGGCCAUUAUCUGCAAGAAGCUACAGUACUGAAAGCUAUGGGUUUUCCCAAACCAGACCAGUUUCAGCAAGGCCUACCAUGGCAGCUUUGUUAGAGAAGUUACCUUCAGAUUAUAACAUCGCUAGCUACAGUGAAAAGCCUUCAGAGAGCAAUGAUGUAAGGAUCAGGUCUUCACAGAAAGGCGAUGAGAGUGGCAAAAUACCUCUAGAUUGGAGACAACAACUGCUCAGGCAUAUAGAAGCGAAAAGGUUAGAUAGGACACCGUCACAACAAAGCAAUGUUCAUGACAGUGAACUGGAAGAUAUAUCUCCAACUAGUCAGUGGAGUUCGUAUGCAUUGGGAAGGAGGGAUGUGCCACCAGAGAACAUGAUUAAAAAGCUUCCUGAAUCUUUGCCUAAUGGGCUGAAUUACCCACAGGCAGGUAGCCACCCUCAUCAAGGGCAGAGUGCACUUGGGUCUUCAUCACAAAGCCUACAGCAUCGAUCCAGGGAACAGCAAUAUGAAGGAGCUGUGUCGAAGGUGACGCUUCAGCAGUAUCAAAAGCCUUUGCAGAUUGCCAUUUCAUCAACGCAGAACCUUCCCACUGCUCGAGCAGCUCAACCCAGCAGAUGUCUAACGAGCGUUAAAGCACAAAAAAGUACAGAAAGUUACCAGGAGCAGUUUUGCGUCAGAAUAGAGAAGAACCCUGGUCUUGGCUUCAGUAUAAGUGGAGGAAUAAGUGGACAAGGGAAUCCAUUCAAGCCAUCUGAUAUGGUUGAUGCCAGCUAUCAAAGGAUGAGCAGAAGUCAGCUACAGAUGGUAAAGGGAAAUGGUGGCAUCUUUGUUACUAGAGUGCAACCUGAUGGACCAGCAUCCAACCUAUUACAGCCCGGAGACAAGAUCCUCAAGGCCAACGGGCAUAAUUUUAUACACAUGGAACAUGACAAGGCAGUUUCGCUUCUUAAGAGUUUCCAGAAUACAGUGGAUCUGAUAAUCCAGCGUGAGGUUUAAUUGAUUUUUCUGUAGAAAAAUGUUUAACCAAUAAGAUUAAAAUUCUUUACUGCAGCUUCCUGUGUGAGGAACGCCAGGCAAUUUUUUCCAAUUUUUUUUGCCAAUUGCUGGACCAAUGGCGACACUUGUGCCAAACUUAUUACUAAGAUACUUAUCAACCAGUAUUACAAUGUUUAAUAUUUUAUCUUCACAAAUGAAUAAUUUAUGAAAUUGAUGUUUAUGUGGUGAUUUUUCAGCCAGUCAGAGGCUGUGAAAUGGCAGGUCAUUCGGUGCAAAUGUUUCUAUAUAUUUAUUACAUAUAUCGUUCAUUUUUGGAGUAGAUUUUUUUUGUCAAGUAUCAGAGCACCAAAAGCAUAUACAUGUCUUUAGGAAUUGCACCACCAUUAACACUGCCUCAAAAUUGUACAUGUCCUUUUUUGUAUAAAGCAAAAAUGCAUCAACGAAUGCAUCAACAAAUGCAAAUGAACUGAGAAAUUUAAAGCUAUUUUCUUAUCAAUAAUUGAAAAAGAAUUUGGAUGUGGAGGGUUCAGCAAAUGAUGUUAUCUGUUCCAUAAAAAAAAU